GACUACUCCCCCUUUGCUCCACCUCGCCUCCUCAACCGACUCUUCCUCGUAGUUCAGUAGUACAGACGUCGUACUCCUUGUCGUACUCCUUGUCGUCCACCACCAUGCACCUAAUACUCACUGGUUCGAAUUUCGCAGCGGACAAAUUUAUCAAUAAUCACAGCUUCUCUUAACUAAAAACAGGUUUCUGGAAAAAAGUCGACAAUUCCUAUUCUCCUUCUAAGAAAACGGCUUCAUGAGUGCAAAGGAAUCCUCUACCAUCUCUAUCUCUGAUUACUUCACGCUAGAACGGCGCAUGAUCGAUUUUUUCAAGUCUCAGGAAACACGAGAAACAUUCUCGGCGUCCAAGGAGCUGACGGCACUUCGAAAUGAAAUACAUAGAAUUAUUGAAAAGAUAUCAACUCUUCCGCUUUCUGACAUGACGAUUGCCGAAAAAGAAAUGGCCAUUACGAUUUUGGAGCGUAGAAAUCAUUCCAAACGCAAUAUCCUCUCAUUCCUUCACCAAGAUCAAGAAGCCAAGGACGAGAAGAUGGAAGGUUAAGAAUGAGAGAGGGUUGGAUGAGGUGGAUCGGAUUAGAUUGGACUGAGCUGCAAUGGAACAAGACAAGCUGUUAUGAAAUGAAAGUUCAAGUUUACUUGUAAAAAACAUGCACACGCACACACACACGCACACACACUCUCUCUCCCUCUGUCCCUCUGUCCCGACCCUACAUGUUCUUGUCGUCCAUACAUAACAGUUUAUUUUUCUUCAUAUGACAAUGGGAAUGAAAAUGAUUGCAGAGUUUCCGGUUUUCAGAAAUGGUGUCCUUUGGGAGGAAAAAAAGUCUAUGAUCAUAUGCGGCACUUUGAGACCUAUAGGGGGUAUACAUGUAACCAUAACAUUCCGUCUUUACUUCUUUCGCCGAGCAUACCAAAUGCCGACCGUCACUGCAAGUACAGUGGCCGCCGUGGCCAGUGCUGGGAUUUGCCAGCGUACUGCCUGUGUCUCUAGUUUCUUCUCAACAGGUGCGUGUAGUGGAUGAGUACUUUCCACAACGGAUGGAGCACCGACGCUAGAUGGAACGGCAUUCACCUCCGAUACCGCUUUCCUGUCGCUCAGAUUGCUUACGACUGUGGCAGCAGCAGCUAAGCUGCCGCGAAUUUCGACUCUGGUAAAACCGUGUCGCUUGGAAAGAAUAAUUGCUUCCCGGAAAUCAUCAUCGCUGGUCAACUCUACAUGGUCCCCUUCGUCGUCCAGGUACGUCAGUACGAGUUGGGCAGAAUCAAGACCCUCUCGCUGUGCUGCAGCGGCGCAGAGUCCACGAUAAUUUCCAAGGUCGUCAAGUCGCAUUCUGUGCACUCUGCCUGAGGUGGAACGGUACUUGACAGUCAUGGGCAUGUGCUGCCAUGAAGGCAUGUACUUCACUUGGGAUGCUGAAUCCGUUGGUUGGAUUAAAUCUUGUAGCGAGUCUCCGUGGAAGGAUGAGUUGGCGGGUAGGGACGAUUCAGCAGGAAGAGACAUAACAACUGAAACAGCUGGCUCAUUCAAUUGAAUUGCACUGAGUGCUGUAGGAUUUUGUGAACCGUUUUCCCCGACGACGAGUUCCUGCGCGUUCAUCAACCGGGGAGUUGCUGCAAGUUGUGGAUCAUUGUCAUACAUAGCAUUUUCUGCUUCAACAGCUUUCAAAUUUUCCGGUGUGAGUGCGUUCUCAUCGUGAUCCUUGUCACCGUUCGGUUCUUGAUCGGCCACGAUGGCCUGUGCAAGCUGGGUGAUGUUGAGUAGCCCCACAAUGCCGUCGUUCUCAUCUAUCACGGGAAGAUUGUUGAAACCACCUUCCAACAUCCGUUCCAGCGCCGUGCUGAUGUGUAACGAAACCAACGCACAGUCUGGAUGAGGAGUCAUGAUCCGAAUGACGGAGCAUUUGCUCGGGUCAAGUCCAGCUGCUACCACCCGAAGAACAAUGUCAUGUGAAGUAAAGAUUCCCGACACAAGUCCUUGGUCCAUGACAAGGACGGCGUUUGCUUCGGCUUGAGCCAUAAGCUGCGACGCUUCAAGCACGCUGGUGCGGACACCGACUAGAACCGGCUCAAACAAAACGUCUUCCAACAAGGCUCCAACCUCACGACCAGCGGCUUUCUGUCGAAGAGACUCGACGUAUUCAACAAAUUCCGAGGCAUGAGCCGAGCCUGAGAGAGACGAGCCGUCCAGUUCGUCGUGAGCUCCUGCGAGAGCCUCCAUAAGUUUAGCAGCAGCAUCCUCCUGUCGCUUUACACGACUCAGUGGUUCAUGAAGACACGAACAAAUAUCCAAAAUGCCCAAGACAUCACCGUCUUCACAGCCUUCGUCGGUUCCGUCGCUCACAACCGGCAGGUAAAUGCGAUCAUGUUCGAGCAUGAGAGCCAGAGCAUCGGCAAACUGUGUGUCGCUUGUAAUACAAAUUGGGCCUUCUGUCAUGAAACUCUCAACCGUCGAGCCUCGAGGAUCAAAUCCUCCUCCCACACACUUCCUUGACACAUCUAGCGACGUAAUAAUUCCUGUCAACUGUUGAGCUUCAUCAACGACCAAUAAGCAUUCUUCACGCUUAGCUGCCAUCAAUUGGCAUGCUUCUGAGACAAGCGUGUGCGUCUGAACUGUCAGAGCGGGAGCUAAAGACGCAGAUGCUACAGUUGUAGGAUCACUAUGACUCCGAACAUUUCGUUUUGGAGGGUCCAGAUGGCUCAUUUUUUUGUUCAGUUCUGUAGCAAUUUUCUUUCUAAGAGCUUCGUCCUUUCGAUUUUGUCUUUUACGCGUCUCUGAUAGCGUGGACUGGGCAUCUGACGGUUCAUUCAUUACUGAGGCGGAAAGCACAGAACCGCUAUGGCUGAUUGGGUAGUUCAUGCAGAAUACGCAACAGAGCUGAAAACAGACUCAAGACGAAACGUUGACAGCUUCGUUGAAAGUGUUCUAGUUCUGUCUCACAAUAUGUAGUUAACGCAGGUGGUAGAGUUUCUUACUAUUUCGCUGUAACACAGUAAAGGGGGCGGAAGAUGAGGAGUAUGGAAGGAAAACACAAUUCGUCGUCGCCCUUCACUUUAUGAUUGUGUACUGUAUGUUGUAACAGCAUGCUACGAUAGGAUAUACAAUAAUAC